AUGUUCUCAAGACUAUGUCGAGCAUCUGCUAGACUUGCAUCGACGGCAGCGAGAGCUUCGGCGUCAACGUCGGCGACGACCGCGUCAUACCCUUUCUCGAAAACCGCGCUUUUGCCCACUCUCUCCGCCGAGUCGACACCUGCCCUUCGGGACGGCAAGGGUAUCAUGCGACAUCUUCAAGAAUCCCUAUACUCACCCAGGAAAGCUGAAAUGAUGAAAACUCUUUUCUCAAGACGGUCACCGAAGCAACUACGCGUCGGGAGCAUCAUCUCCAUCAUUUCCGACCAGGCGCCUACAGUUUUCAAUGGCGUGCUGAUUGCCAUUCGACGACGAGGACCGGACACGUCUAUCCGCGUGCGGAAUAUCUUGCAGAGGACGGGCGUGGAGGUGCAGUUCUUCGUGAACUCGCCGGGGCUGAAGGAGAUUAAAUUGCUGAAGCCGCCACCAAAGGGACGGAUGAGAAGGGCCAAGUUAUUCUACCUGCGGGAUUCUCCAGAGAAGAUGAGCAUGCUUGCUGCGGGCAAGCACUAA